AUUACAAUCACUGGUAGCGACUGGCAUCGAACGUACGCAAGGCGAACGCAAGAAACAUUUAAAUAAAUUUUGUAAUUUACACUAAAGUGUUUUAAAUACACACAUUCGGAUAUGUAUAUAAAACUGCAUAAGCCUCGAAAACAACUCGUUGGGAAUAACAAUGGCGUUACAUGGCAACAAUAUCGAUCAAGCCCGAAUCGUAGCAGCCCAAGCUGUCCCCAGCAACAAUUCAGGUUUCAGAACUCUCGCUUGAAAUACAAUUAAAAUUUGUUUUUCGAACAGCAGCAGCAGCAGCAGCAGCAACAUCUACAAAUAAAUAUAUAUACCUAGAAUAUGGAUAACGAUAACAAAGAUGACGAGGAUGUUGAACCGGAAAAUGCGAACACGGAAUUGGAUGGCGAUGCGGAGAGCGAGGAUGAGCCGGAAGCGGAGCCGGAAGAUGAACCCGUUGAGGUGGACAGCUGGCAAUCCUUUCAGGCGCAUAUCGAUUCACUUGUGGUCAAUGAAAAAUGCGACAAGCCGAUCCGCUUACUGGAUGAACGUAGGCAAACUAUUGUGCAGCGCGUCCGGCAGAUCCAGCGGGAUACGCCGAAAGGAUUUUCGGAACGAGCAAUGAGCCAAAUGAGCAAAAUCGAUCAACAGCUGGAGCUAUCGAGCACACGGCUGGGCCAACUAGUGCGCUUUGGCAACGAGCUAGUAACCAAUAUACGCGUAGCAAACGAGCGACGUGAGUUAAAUCGUCGCGUUUUCGAGACGACACAACAGAGGGAUAUGAAGAGGAUGUUGGAUGGUGAGAAUAUUGAGGCAAUGGCCAAGUUUGACAAUAUCAAAGCACGCUGGACCGAACUGAAUGAGAUUAACGAGCCGAUGCUGCUUUGGGAUCAGAUUGAGGAACAAAAGAAGCGUAUUGCUGCGAUCAUGGAUCGUAAGGAUCAGAUGAUAGCAUCCUGCCAGCAGGAAAUCGAUCGCAUGAACGCGAAGUACGAAUUCGAUAGACAACGCCAAGCUGCAGAUCUCUGCUGCCUGGUCGAACGCAUCGACAAUCAAGUGGAGACACUCAAGGAGUCCUACAAAUAUCAUCUGGAAAUGCUUCGCCAUACUGUUGAGGAUGAGCGUCACACCUUCUCGUUGACAGCUGAUGAGAAGUGGCGCACUUUCUUCAAUGCUCUGAAUACUAACUUCGAGGAGAAAUCGAAGCUGGUGCGCGUGCGCGAACAAUUCUAUUCGUUGCAGCUGCAAUUGCUGCAGGACUCGCAGGAUGAACUAACAAAACAGACGCGCGUGCGUCUGGAGAAGGAAUGCGAACGCCUCGAACUCGAACUGCGACGCACACGUGACAACGUGCUAAUGAACUCUGAAAAACUGGACUACAACUAUCAAGUGCUGCAGCGGCGCAACGACGAGAACACAAUCAUAACUAAUCAACAGAAGCGCCGAGUAGCGCGUCUCUACGAGACGGUUGCACGCACUAGGCGCAACUAUAAGCAGGUCUUCCACAGCGGUCGUCGUACCAUCAUGAAGCUAACCACCGAGAUCCAACAGCUUCACGGAAGCAUCAGCGAAAUGGAGGCCAAGGCCAUGCAUACGCGCAACAUUAAUCGGGAGAAGUUUAAUCGUGUAUGGAACAUCAACUACGAGGAAAUCACCGGACUGCUGGCACGCAUCUUUGAGAUCGAUCGCAUACUGCACGAGCAGCAGCUGGUGAUGCCAUGGAAGAGACCCAACAUACACAUUGAGAACAUUAAUAAGCCAGUGGAGAAGCGUGUUAACAAUGCCAUGGAUCGGAUUGAGCGUCGCUUUGGCAAGCUGCCCAAACAAUACGGAGGUUCUGGUUAUACCGCCUCCGAAGACGAGGAGAAGCAUCGCGGACCAAUGCAGGAACUGCCGCCCGAAACGGCACGUCUCAUGCGUAACAUACUGCGCAAGCUGGCCGAUCGCGGUGGCUUUCUCAUCGAAGAACGUUUGCUAAAGAUACUUAAGCCCUAUUCGGAAAAGGAACAGACAAUGGUCCGCAUAGAUAAUAUAUUUGCGGCAUUGCGUAUUCGCAAUUUAGAUCAUGUGCUAGAGCUGACCAAGGUUUUUGAACCGUAUACAUACUGUCCCACCUGUCAGCCAGCGGGUCUUAGUCCAAUGAAAUGUGCAGAGGUGUUUUUGAAAGACCAGAGAGAGUCGCGUUCACUCAAGCUGGGUGAUGUCAACAAUCCAGAUCAGGCAUUGCUAAAGGGCAAAAACGAUGGCAAAACUUUUCUGGUCAAGGGCCAUGUUAAUAAGGAGACUUGCUCGAAUCAUUAUCUUGUUAUGGAACCAGCGCUUGUGCUGCACGCCAUGAAUGUAUUUACGAAGCAGAAGCAUAAACAAAUCUACGGAAGCUCCUCGGAAAGCAGCCUGGAAACAGAGCUGAUUCAGUUCAAUGAUAAGGAAAUUCAAGCUUUUUGGCGACAAUUCACCAACAUCUUUCCUGACUCAAAGACCCAUCUGUGGAAGACGCUAGAGCACGGACUCAAUCACUAUGUGGAGGUACUUAAGAUGCGUGUCCAGUACGAUGCCGAGGUGGUCUUCCUGCGUCGCCAGAACCGGGAGUUGCGCCAUCUGCUGCAAAAGUUUACAGUGUAGCCGCAAUUCCUAUUGAUAUCGCAUCUACCCAUUAAUAUGAUCAUUUAACCGUUUACUCUUUUUGCCAGAACGGCCAUAAAAUUCAGUUGUAUGAAAAAUCAAAACCAGUCUUUUCAA